UAUUUAAUAUAUAUCUGCGUCAAUCUAACGGCAUUUCAUUCAGCGGCUUCCUCAUCGCCACCGGUCCCGAACAAAAACCAAGGAAAACGACUCAUCCCACCCCCAAAACCAGAUCCGACCCGAUCGGUCCCCCCGCCGGAGCUCCGAUGGCGAGCCUGUGGCGGGCCGCGACGGGCUUCGCGGCGAAGCCCGAGGCCGACUACGACGGCGUGGAGUUCUGGUCCGGCCCAGAGCGCGCGGGGUGGCUGACGAAGCAAGGCGAGUACAUCAAGACGUGGCGCCGGCGGUGGUUCGUCCUCAAGCAGGGGAAGCUGUUCUGGUUCAAGGACUCCGGCGUGACCCGCGCCUCCAAGCCGCGCGGCGUCAUCCCGGUGGCCGCCUGCCUCACCGUGAAGGGGGCCGAGGACAUCCUCAACAAGCAGUACGCGUUCGAGCUCUCCACCCGGAGCGACACCAUGUACUUCAUCGCCGACUCCGAGAAGGAGAAGGAGGACUGGAUCAACUCGAUCGGGCGGUCCAUCGUCCAGCACUCGCGGUCCGUCACCGAUUCCGAGAUCGUCGACUACGACAGCAAGCGAUGAGGAGGGGCGGUCGAGGUUAAUUUUGGUAAUUUUACUGUUUCAGUCAGAUGCUUGCGCCUCGAAACUGACGGUUCCAUCGCCGGAUCGUGCGGUGAGCUCUGUGCGAGCGAGGUCAAUUUUCGCUGGACUUGCGUUAAUCCGGUGCUUGUACAUUGGAAAUGGUUGUUUGUAGUGAUUUGUGAGGUGAUGUGUUACUCUCAUUUCUCAUCUGGCCUAUUGUCUUUCGAUUUGGUCGGUGGUUCAUGCUUACAUUGUUCAUCAUUAUCGAGUGCUGUCCGGGGUCUAA